UGAACAUUGAUAUGAGAUUUAAAAUUUCAUUACUAAUAGGAUUCUUUUCACUUCUGUUUCUUCUGGACAGAGUUUCCUCUUACACUGAGUUUGAGAUUUCAGUGCCCACUCAUGUCCAGAAUGGUUUAUACGGUGAGUCUAUGAUUUUGUUCUGCACGUUUCCGGUGGACAGCUCAUGGGACCUCUAUAGCAGUGUGAUAACCUGGCAACGUCACCUAGAGGUCAUCCACAGUUUCUACUACGGCCAAGACCAGCUGCAGCACCAGAGCCAUCGAUACAGGAACCGGACCAGCCUGUUCUAUCAGGAGCUAAAAAAUGGGAACGCAUCUCUCAGGCUGGACCAUAUCAAUCUGGAGGAUGCUGGCGAGUACACCUGCUCCAUCAGUACUCAGCUGGGCAGCCAAAAGAAAAGCUUUAAGAUGAACGUAGCAGCUUUUUAUCCUGAACCGCAGCUACACAUUUCACUGCUGAACAAAGGCCAUGUGGAGGUCCUGGUGACCUCUGAGGGUGGAUACCCCUCUCCCUCACUGCAGUGGCUGAUGGAAAAUGAGGAUGAUGUCACUAACAACACUCAUACUCAGCUCAGGCAGGAUAAAGACACACAGUUGUAUAGUGUGAACAGUAAACUGAACCUCACCGUCCCUGUGAACAUCUCCAUUACAUUCAUCCUGAAGAAUGAAGAACUGGGUCAGGAGAUGAGGAGGAACAUUGACCUCUUUGCACAAUAUGGAGACCUCAACAAAAAUGAACAAUCACUGAUCAUCUGCCUCUGCUUGCUUGGAUUUAUAGCUUUAACUGCUGUAAUAUUUUCAGUGAUGCUCUACAGAAAACAACAAAUGAAGAAAAAGCAGAAAUACCUAAGUGUGGAUGAUGGUUUAGGCUUGAGGACACAAAAAACAGAUUGUGGUGUUGCAGCGUAAAAUGUUGCAGGAACUCUUUUAACUACUUCAUUCCUACUAAUUAUUAACCUAGCUGGCUAGAUGUCAGACUGACUGUGUUAUACAUAAACCAGAGCAAAUCAUGAAGUUAGCUGGCCUACUUUCUAAAACUAAAGUGAACACAUCUGAAGCAGUAUAGCUAUGCAAAACAAGUUGCUAUGAUGACUGAGAUGUUCAGAUAUUGAACUGCUUUACUGAUAUUGUUAAGCCUGCGCAAAACCUGACGUUAGCUGGCUAACUCACUUAAAAUAAUACUGAACCAGUUUUACAAUAACUAUUAAGAUGGUGUAAAUCCCACUAAAGUUAGCUGGCUAACCUACAAAUCCCACUUGCUUGUGCAUCCAUCUGGGUUUCACGCCACCAAAAUGAAUGUUUUUUUUACCUCAUCUGUAGCCCAGUGGUUAGUAGGCUGGUAUCCUACUCAAACCAGGCACUUAAUUCUAAGGCUGCAAUCUCAUUGGCUGUCCAGGGGACACAACCUGUAACCAUAGGUGCCUCCUGGCUACACAGGGCGAACCUGUCACUAUGUUCCCGACCACCAAAAUCAGACUUGAUUCGACCACCAAAAUAAGGGUCUAUUCAAGUUUUGUUUUUAUUUUGUUGCUGGUCAAAUGAAAUACAUUCACGAGUAGAUUUUUAUUAUUACUUGUGGGUUGUGCGUUUUUUGUGUUUUUUUUUUUAAUUAAUUUAUUUAAAUAAUUCUGGUAUCCAGGUUACAUCUUUACUGUAUGACCAUGACUGUAAGUACCAUUCAUGAAGCUAUAAAAUAUAAUUUAAUUUAAAUAGUGUUUUGUUAAUUUAUUUUCUGCUAUUUGCACCAAAUUUGGUUCCACUGAACUUCCCUUUGCACAAUGCACAACAACCAUACUGAAGAGAUCUGCACAUCGAGCCAUUCCUUCUCCAGCACGAGUGAUCACGUUGACUUGAUUUUUACACCUUAGCAUGGAGGACCACACUACUCUUUCCAUUUUCCUUUGACAUUACCUUGACUACACCACCGCCAGGACUCAAUCUGGGCUAUUGAUCUGAGUAUUAGACUGCGGGGCCACCAGAGCCCCAGGAAACUUUUUAAAGGCCUGUUAUACAAAGACGGCUGAUUAAAACAGAGGAUUUUAAAUUGAACCACUGUACUAUUUAAAGUUUUAUUUAUCUUUCAUUACACUGGUGCAGCUUUGAAAAUUUGUAUCAUUUUAUAUAAUAAUUUAAUAAAAGCAAAUGUGUAUGUCCUGUUCAGCAGCUUAAAUUUCAAUAUGAUGGUUAUUAAUAUAAAACCUAGUGUUUGCUGCAGCGGGAUGUUCUGUAUUAUUAUGUUUACUGUUUACAUGAUAGAUGAAACUUGAUUUAAUGUGCAAUCAUGAUAAAAUUAAUUUAUUCUCUUGGUUCAUCUUAAACCUUCAUUCAGUAGUGUUGAUUCACUCGUGUUUAUUCUGAAUAUUUUAUGACAUUUAUAAAAA